CCCACCACCACCACCGCGCCCGAGAGACGCUUUCCGCGCGUCUGUGCGAAACGAUCAGCCCGUCUCGACGGUUGGUGCUAAACCAUGUCCUUCCCACCACACAUGAAUCGCCCACCUUUAGGGAUACCUCCACUCCCACCAGGUAUCCCUCCCCCACAGUUUGCAGGAUUUCCUCCUUCAGUGCCGCCUGGAGCACCUAUGAUUCCUGUACCCAUGGGAUUAAUGGCACCUGCCACGACCGUCUCCAUGCUGUACACCAUGAACCGUUGCCCAACAGAGGGCAAGCAGUGUUUUACACAGGUAUUGCUACCAACAUCUGUGCCUUUGGUUGGAAAACACAUUGGAGCAAGAAAAGACCAUGCUAGUCAAAGGAUCCGGGAAAAUGAUGAAAACAGUGGCCCCACAACAACUGUUUUUGUGGGCAACAUUUCCGAGAAAGCUUCUGAUAUGUUAAUUAGGCAGUUGCUUGCGAAAUGUGGCUUAGUUUUAAGCUGGAAGAGAGUUCAAGGAGCUUCUGGAAAGUUGCAAGCAUUUGGCUUUUGUGAGUACAAAGAACCAGAAUCUACACUGCGUGCACUGAGAUUACUUCAUGAGCUUCAAGUGGGAGACAAGAAGCUGCUUGUGAAAGUAGAUGCAAAGACCAAAGCUCAGCUGGAUGAAUGGAAGGCCAAAAAGAAAGGCGUUAAUGGAGACUCAAAAUCAGAAGAUUCAGCCGAGGAUGUCGUAGAUGAGGAAACCAAGAGACGAGACCAGAUUGUGAAGGGAGCAAUAGAAGGGUUGAUUAGAGAAUAUUCAAGUGAAUUAAAUGCACCUUCUCAAGAUCAAGAUUCACAUCCUAGGAAGAAGAAAAAGGAAAAGAAGGAGGAGGAUGACAUAAGUGCAAUGGAGAUGGAAGAAGACAAACGAGAUCUAAUUUCUCGAGAAAUUAGUAAAUUCAGAGAUACUCACAAGAAACUCGAAGAAGAAAAAGGAAGGCGAGAAAAAGAGAGACAAGAAAUUGAGAAAGAACGAAGAGACCGAGAGAAAGAACGCGAACGAGAAAGGGAAAGACGCGAACGAGAGAAGGAGCGUGAAAAAGAAAAGGAGCGUGAACGUGAGAGAGAGAGAGAACGAGAGCGUGAACGCGAGCGCGAACGUGAUCGCGAUCGUGAGAGAACAAAGGACAAAGAAAGGGAGAGGGAACGAGAGAGGGAACGAGAUCGUGACAAAGAAAGAGAAAGAAGCCGAGACCGGAGUAAGGAUCGUAGUAGAUCGAGGUAUGACCUGAUAAAUGAAGGAGAGAAGAGCCGAGAAAAAGAUAAGAAGAGAGACAGGGAAGAAGAUGAAGAAGAAAUGUAUGAGCGCCGGAAGCUAGAACGAAAGCUCCGUGAGAAGGAGAAUGCUUACCAAGAGCGUCUUAAAAACUGGGAGAUAAGGGAACGAAAGAAAGCAAGAGACUAUGAAAAGGAAGCUGAAAGAGAGGAAGAAAGGAGACGAGAAAUGGCAAAAGAGGCAAAAAGAUUGAAAGAAUUCUUGGAAGAUUAUGACGACGACCGAGAUGAUCCAAAAUAUUACAGAGGGAGCGCUUUGCAAAAACGCUUGAGAGAUCGUGAAAAGGAAAUUGAAGCAGACGAACGAGAUCGCAAGCGGGAGAAGGAAGAGCACGAGGAGAUCCGACAGCGGUUGCUGGCUGAAGGACAUCCUGACCCAGACGCAGAGCUACAGAGGAUGGAACAGGAGGCCGAAAGGCGACGGCAACAGCCUAUCAAACAGGAGCCAGAAUCUGAAGAGGAUGAGGAGGAAGAGGAGAAGCCAGAAAAAGAAGAACGGCGAGAAGAUGAAGAGGAAGAACCAGAACAAAAGCCCUGCCUUAAACCCACUUUGCGUCCUAUUUGUUCAGUGCCCUCUGUUUCCUCAGCAAGUGGAAAUGUGACACCUAAUUCUCCAGCAGAUGAGUCUCCUUGUGGCAUUAUCAUUCCACAUGAGAACUCUCCAGAUCAACAGCAGCAAGAGGAGCAGCGUCCAAAAAUAGGGCUAAGCCUCAAACUAGGUGGUUCUAGUAGUCCUGGUCAAACAAGUAAUGGAAAAAGAAAGAAACUUCCAGUUGAUAGUGUUUUUAAUAAGUUUGAUGAUGAAGAUAGUGAUGAAAACCCUCGCAAGCGGAAACUUGUCCCGUUGGAUUAUUCUGAAGAUGAAAAGGGUGCCUCACAGGGAAAUGUAAAUACUGAGGAAAAAAGAAAACACGUUAAAAACCUCAUCGAGAAAAUCCCAACCGCGAAGCCAGAACUCUUUGCAUAUCCUCUUGAUUGGUCAAUUGUGGACACAAACUUGAUGGACCGACGCAUUCGACCUUGGAUCAAUAAAAAAAUUAUAGAAUACAUCGGUGAAGAAGAAGCCACACUAGUUGAUUUUGUUUGUUCAAAGGUCUUGGCGCACAGUUCACCACAGAGCAUUUUAGAUGAUGUAGCCAUGGUACUGGAUGAAGAAGCAGAAGUCUUCAUAGUGAAGAUGUGGAGGUUGCUAAUAUAUGAAACGGAAGCUAAAAAGAUAGGACUUGUUAAGUAGAUUGUAAUUCAUGUUCAUAGGAGUCUUGUUUUUUUGGAAACCUUUCCAUUCUUUAAAGCUGUAACUUUCAUCUGUCCUCCAAAGCACUUGUGAAGCUUGUAUUUUUUACUGUAGAGAUAAUGUGAAGUCUUUUUUUCUUUCUUUCUUCCUCCCCCGUGGUUCAUUGUCCGUUAAAGAUGUACAUUUAAUGGAAAUCUGCUUACAUCAACCCUCUUCAUUCACUGACUGAGAUAAAUGACUGGUUAUUUUUUAUAAAUCGGAGGCUUCUGCUGUGUAUUUUCAUUACCAACACAUUGAUUUCUGUUCAUAAUUUGUCAGUGUUACAUUUAUAGAAGGUUGUGUUAUUUUGAUGCAAGAUAUUUGCACUUAAUAUCUGGGUAGUUCCUGUGAUAUGGAGGAGCAGGUUUAGGAAUUAAGAUGUUUAUACAUUUGUUUUGAAGCUAGUAAUUUUGAGAGGAGAUUCCUUAAACGGUGCAGAGAUGUUUCACCCUCAAAGUUAUGAAAAUGUUUUAAAUGUAGCAUUUAAAAUGUUUGCGUUUCCAACCAAUGGCAGAAUAGGGUUUAAAUGUUUUUGAAAUUAAACAUACUUUUUAAAGAGACAGUAUCACUUGGUUGCCAGCAUAGGUUUACCUUAAAGCUUAUUUUGAAAUCAAAUCUUCAUAACAUUGUUUUAAGUUUCCUGACUUUUUUAUGAUGGCCUAAAUUGUUCUUGAUGAUGCUACAAAGACCAAAUUAUUGUUUUUCCUCAGUCUUGUACAGUUACUUUGGGUUGAAGGUGUUCAUAAACUACAUUGACCUUUGUUGCAAAGGGUGGACUAUGAUUUAAGAUAUGUUAUGUAGGCUUGAUUUGUGUUUGUUUGGGACUGCAACCUAUGUAGCCCCAUUAAAAGGAAUACUAUCUCUUUAAUGGGUCUUGUUAAUCUUCGGUCAGUGUGUCGGGAGGCUGUUUUCAUCCAGGGUGGUUGAGGCUUUAUUUUUAAAAAGCUCCAAAUAUGAAACAUCAGAAGAAGCCAUCUUUGCAGAUCUGUGGCUGCAGAAUCUGAUGAGAUUAUUUAUUACAGUACCUGAAGGAGUGAAGAUGUGUUCUGGUAAGUGUAAAGUACAUUUUGGUUUUUCCUUCCAGAUUUUUAAAAAAAAAUGUGAAACUGGAGGCUUUAAAAUAUUGCCAACACCAGCUCACAGUUAUAAACAAAGACUAGUUAUGAUCGCUAGAAAUAAAACUAUUGUCUGCAUAUAGAUAAUUGCUAACAUUUUCAAUAAAGGAAAUUAAGUUUUUAAUUUUUACGCUAACAACGUUGAGUAUUCCAUACAAAAAUUACUACUGUAAUUUGUAUAAGAUACUAUAUCAGUAAAUCUCUCAUUCCUAGUCUACUCUGGGGCCAUUAGAUGGAGUUAAGAUGAGGAUGNAAAAAAAAUGGAGGGCAGACCAACCAAGUUAAUCUUCUGCCCUCCUGGCAGAACAGCUUUGGCAAAGGACUCAGAGGAGGUGAUGACCUGCUUGCCCUCAUGGACGGUUGAAUAGCUGAAUGUGUCUGUGAUAAGUUUGCUGAUCUCUGUUAGGGUGCGACAAUUGGGUGGGGAGGGGGAAGAAAGGGAGAAUAGGUUAAGCUUCCUGUUCCUGAUCUCUGGCAUCACUUCGCUGGAGGUGGAUAUCAGGUGAGGACAAUAAUGAAGGCUGCUAACAUUCAGUCAAGACUCACACAUGACUGAUGGUCACUUGGGUGAAGUUCUAGAAGAUGACCAAUGCACAUUCAACUGUACCCCAAUAGAGAAGAAAUAGGAAUCGAAACUUCAAGAAAAGCGAAUGAUCGUGUGUUAUUUUAACCCUUUUCCAACCAAAAUAAACAUGACAAUGCAUGUAUGGUUCAUAAAGUCAAAUGUCAAUCUGUAUGCAUUGGUAUGAGGCAGCAGCAUAUUGCAUGUUUUGCCACACACAUGUUCAAUGAGAAAUGCCUAGUCACUGGCAUUCCACUUUGAAAUAAUUAAAAAUGUACUACUUUCGGGACCACUUUGCCUCUUUGCAGCCGUGCUUCAAUGCACUGAGGGAGAGUCGUGUUCUUGGUUGCUGGUGCUGCCUCAUGAGCUGAUAAGAGGAGCUCUAGCGUUGGUCAAUUCUUUUACUUCCCCUGAGAUCAAUGCUCGCUUACUGUGCAUUUCUGGUAAUCUGACAAUUUAGCCAGUGUUUAGGGUUUAUUCGAAAUGUACAGAAAAUGUGGGUAACAUCUAUUAAGGCAUAAUUGCCAAUUGCCUUUUGUUUUUGCUUCCCCAGUGCUCUAUGAGUUAGAAAAUAUGUAUUGUAAACUGGUGAGUUACGGCAUACUGAGUGGCAGGGUUUGUAAUUCAGUUCUCCCUAUGUUUAUUCCGUAUUUGAAACUUUUUUCAAUGUACAUUUUUCCAUUAAAUUAAACUUGUUACUGUAGUGAUUUUUUAAAUAUAUAUAAACUUGAUCAAUGGCGAUUGAA